AUGGCCACACGCUUCCUACCCUCAAUAUUGAAAAAGCGACGGUUCUCAUUGGGCGAGUCAAGACUCUUGCGAACUGGAGAAUCGAGUUGGCGCCGUUCAAUGCCUGCAUGUUGCGACCCACCACCGUACCAAAAUUUACAAUUUGAGUCUAAAAAGUGUCAGUCUACGCCUCCUUCAUAUGAAGAAAACGAACCGGAGCAACUUCCAAAGUAUUCGUGUACCAUACAAAAGAGUGGUUACGUGACAAUCAAACAUGAGUAUACUAGUCGCGAUGUUAGACCACGAACUCGAACAUGGAGAAAACAUUAUGUGGAUCUCCGGGGAACGCUCAUACGAAUAUAUCGGAGUGGGUUGGUUGAUUGCAAGGGUACAUCGCCAACAUAUGAAUUUAGUAUGCAGAACGUUCUUGUACGUUUCGCAACGAACUAUUAUAAACGACGUAAUGUGUUACGGAUUACAUUUUCAGAUGGACAACAAUUUCUCUUUCAACUCGCGGGUAAAGAAGAAUGUAUCGCAUGGAUUGAAAGUUUACAAGCUGCCGCCAACAUUUCAUUGGUACUCGAUGAAUGGAAGAUGCCUCAAUUUAUUACCCUUCCUCCACAACGCCGAAGGAUGCUAUACGGCUGUUACGCUGAUAUGGCAAGACAUCUACAACAGACGUUUGCUAAUGAUUCUACACAAUUUAUUAUAUGA